ACGUGAAGAUCGUGUCCGUGAUUUGUCACGCGUGCUCGUUACGGUCUGCUUGCAUCGGGCCGAGUGGGGCAAUGAGCCGCCAAAUCAGAUGAAGCUGUCGCAUUUUGACUGCGAGAAUAUGACCCUGGACUUCACUCUUGGAGGAGCUUUUAGUACUUGGACAGUUUUGCCUUCCAAGUGCAUCAGUAGGUUAGAGGUUAAAGGAUCCUGAGAGUACUACCCUCUGAGCAAGGUCUUCUUAUAGCACCGAUAAAUGACGCCACAACUACAUUUGGACGUUGGGAGUGCCAGUGGUCCUGAGACUGCGAUGUUCCUCCCGAAGUUCCUCGUUCCUGCUUAAGUAAAGUUCAAUUCCUGUGGCUGAAACGAGAGUAUUGCCUUCGUCGUCUUUGAAAGUAUUUGCCACGCAAACGACUGAAGCGUCAGUCGUUUGCGUGGCCUGCUGUUAACGACCUCAUUAACCUCAAAAUGGCAGCCUCGCAUCAAAGCGGCGUCGCGCCUCACACGUCCUCGACCUUUUCUGCGUCUUUUUGAAAUAUUUCAGACACAACAUAUACUCGUCACGUCAAAAAAACGACGACGACGACAAAAACAGAUGCCGCCUUUCCCCGCAGACGAGACGCCGACUUCCUCUGUCGCCGUCGAGCCGUCGUCUCGGCUUUUCACACCCCGAAUUGCCGACGCGGCGCGAGCGAUGCGCAGACGGCCCCCGGAGACCGUCUGUCUGCGUGCGUGCGACUUCACACGCCGCCACACCCGCGCUAGCGGCCUCGAUGUUAGCAUCGGCGACACCCGAUGGCGCUCCCGAUGAUCCUCGAAACAAACGUGACGCAAUCGGGCGCAUGUUCGCUGUCAUGCUUUUAACUUCGCUUUUAAGCCUCCUUUGAUGUUUUGUUAACGCUUUGACAUUUAAAAUGCUAGGGGGGGAAAAUGGGAUGAAUCUUUGACUUUUCUAAAUUUUAAUACAUUUUAUAUACUUAUUGUCACAAGAACUGUUUUCUGUAUUUAUUGUAUCUAUUAUUAUUCUUAUUUUAUGUAUGAUUUAUUUUAUUAUUCAAUAUGAUUAUACUUGUAUAUUAUAUUUUCUAUAUUCUUAUGAGCAUUUUGAUGGUGAAAUGUCCCAUUGACCCGGGAAGAAACAUAAGAUGGUUGAAAUUGCCCCUAAAUUGCCCCUUCCUCACCACAACCUGCGACUGCAUCAUUCAGUUUGAUUUAAGUGCAAAUAAAUGAUCAUGUCCAGAAAAAAAAGUAUUUUCACAUUGGAAUUAAAAAUAACGAUAAAACAAUGUAAAGAAUAUUUACGAUAAAGCUUGUUUUGCUUCUUAUUUUCAGUAUGUUUUUAAAAUAUAUUUCGAUUUUGUAUGGUAUAGCUUAUGUUUAUAGGAUAUAAUUCACAGUCCACUCAUUCGCAUUUUGACACACAUGCGCACAAUUUUCCAAUAUUCCCUCCCAAAGUAUAUUUCUUAUUAAAAAAAAAAAAAACAUUCUGUAAGAAAGAAACAAAUGAUCUCGUUUAAACCAGUCGACGACUUUUCCCAGUUUUACUUCCUGUUUGUUGCGGGUCAAAUUGAGCCAAAGUCAGAAGUGGUUUUCCUCAUGUGAACCUUGGCUUAAUGACUCCAAUCAACUCUUACCAUGAAAAUGGCUCAUUUCAUAUAUUUGUGUUCAUAAUAAGAUAAGAAGUAUAUUGGGAUUUUGACAUUUCGGAGACUUUUGGAUAAUUAAACACACCCGGCCGGCCGGGGUCAAAUUGACUGCGUAAGAUUAUUCCUGCUUCUCAGAAACAACAGAAGACGCUCACGAGGUUCAAAGCUUUUUAUAAUGACAUCGAAUCCUCGCUUACUUGUGACGAUGUCACUUUCAGUUGGGCUAACGUAGAUGAACCCUCUAUUUAUGUUGCCGGCCGACAUCAAAAUAUACGCUCACGCUUUGCUUUUUUUUUUUUGUAUCAUCCAACUAAAACUCGUGUCAGCUUAACCACAGCCACGAAGCUCAAGUGUGCGCGCGAGUGUGAGAGAGGGGACGUCGGGAGUGUCCGAGGGGGCCGAGGUGUGUUUGCGUCCGUAACGAGUAGCGAGCAGGCCCGGUGAAGAGACGAAAGGGCCCGAAUGGAGCCCACCAAAGGGCGGGCGGGCGGGCGGGGGGCCAAUUUGCUCCCACGGACGUACGCCCCAACGGAGACAAAAGCGCAGACCAAACGUGAGAAACGGCAACAUUUAAAGGGCCAGAACACCCAAAAGAACAAAAGCAUUUGGAAGAGUCCGCUUUGUCGUCGUGAAGCGCGACGCCGAUAAAAAUCGGCGUCCUUUGAUGUCGGAGCCGCUAGGACUUGCCAGAAAGCGAAGAGUUCAAAGGGACGCUGGGCUUCCUGAGCGCGGGCGGACCCGACCGCGUGGCCGCGUUUCUCUGUUCUUCGUGUACCGGUGCUUUCAUCAAGAACGGUAAAAAGAAAACAUCGGAAUGAGCAGUUCUACGAGUAAACGUCUCCCAUGCUGAAACAGCCACGCACGCGGAAAGUCCUAUUUUCAAAACCUUGUUGCUGAUUUCGCAAUUCCAAAUGGCGGCGGCCCGCUGACCCGCGCUUUCUUUUCAUGACGAGAAAGACAAAAGUGCGUGACAGUAAAUCCGAACGGCCUUCUUAAAAAUGGCGAGAGCUGCGCAAUUGACGUCCGACAACUCUACGGCUACUGGCGCAGAAGUGAUCCCAACUGCUCAUUCGAGCCGUUACACUCGUCUUUAUACGAUCGUAAUCGCGGUAAAGACGUGCUAUAGUUGCACUUUCACAAAUUCGUAUCGCAGGAAAAAAAACAUUCAUUUUGUUGUCUGCUAUUGCGGGGAUGCAAAAUGGCCGCCUCAUCCUGGCACUUCAGCGCGCAGAUCUCUCUGGUGUAUUGCGGCAACGUCACGAGGCUCGACAAAAAGUUUGUCAAAGACGUCAAAAAAAACAAACAAAACUCUUUGGACGCUAACGCGCAUUUGUGUUCAUUUUCAGGGAAAGGGACAACAUUUCAAUAUAUCGAAAAAUGGAAAUCUGCAAACUUCAUUUGGGCCGCUUGAUGCUUCCGAGGCGGAUUUCAGCAGCGGCGCGGAAGAGGAGACGUCGGGCUACGAGAGCGAGCGCUCGCUCUCGCCGCCGCCGGCGGCCCGCGACGCCGCCGCGGGGAGGCGGCCGCGCACGGCCUUCACGGCGGAGCAGAUCGGCAGCCUGGAGCGAGCCUUCAAGAGGAACGCCUACCUGGGCACGCGGGACAAGGCCGAGCUGUGCGAGAAGCUCCGCCUCUCCGACAAACAGAUCCGAAACUGGUUCCAGAACCGCCGCAUGAAGCUGAAGAGGACGGCGCAGGACGCCCUGGCGCACGCGUGGCAGGCCAGCGCCGCGUCGCACUUUGCGCACUACCCCGCCGAGCUGCGGGCGUACCGACCGGCGGCGUACGGCCGCUACCGCUCGCCGGCGUCGCCGCCCCGAGACGCCUCCGCCGCCGCCUUCGCUCGCCCGCCGCACGACGUCCAGUACGCCUCGGUCGCCUUGCCGCUGGACUCGCUCUUCCAAUAUGGCGCCGCGCCCCCUCCUCCUCUCCCCCUGGCGGGGUCCUACCCGGCGUACCCGCCGUACUACUGACGGCCGUUUUGUCUCGUCGGCCUCCCCGGACGGCGGUGCCGUUCCAGGUGUGCAAUAUCCUGGGCGUGUUCGUAAAAGUCGCCACGGCCCUCUUCAAAUGG